AUGAUUAGAGGAGACUCUGAUGAGUUCAAACAAAAUGCCUCUAGCCAAAUAAUGUUUAGCAAAUCUAGCAAAGAGAUUCAAGAUGUAUCAACUUCAAGAAGAGAUCAUUUAUUCUAAAAGUUACCCUCCUUAGAUUGUACAUAACCAAAUAAUUUUUGGUAAAUAAAAAAAGGAGGUUCUGCUAGAUGUAUUAUUGAUUCUGAAAGAUUAUCAACUGCUUCAAAACCACUUACUCCUUAGGCAUAAAAGAAACAGAAAAAUUAAAUAAUCUAAAUUGAAGAGAACAAUUAAUUUGAUCUUGGUUCAAGUCGUCAUUUCUAAAGAUUGUUUACUGUAAAGAAUAAAGUUAAAUCAUCUAAUGGAAGUGUUAAAACUUCAAGAGAUGAAAACACUAGUAUGGUCAGUAGUAAUAUGGUUCUCAAAAAGUCUUAGUAUCAUUAAACUCAAUAAAUUCAAUAAUUGUAAUAAUCAUAAUAAUCUGUAUAAUAAUAGUAGUGUCCAUUCUCUUCAGGAAAAUCAAUUAAAGACAUUCUAUCUUAAUUUAAAGAUAAAAAGUACAUUUAUUAUUAUAUUUAACUUAGACCAAAAACUGGUAUUACAAGACAUAGUGAAUUUGAAAAAAUGGAAGGAUUAGAUGAUUAUGCAAAAGAAUUCGGAUAAGUAUUAGUUUAGGAUGAAUUAAUUGGACCUUUUAUUGGUAGUGCUCAUGAAAUGAAAGGUGUUGUUAAAGCAUUAAUAGAUUUAAGUAAUGGAAAUAAAUUAGCAUAUCAUUUUGAAAGUCUAAAGUAAUUGCAUAUGAAUCUUAAUAUAACAGAUGAGAUGUUUAAUAGGUUUAAGUAUCUCUAUAUCAAAAAAUUAAUAGAUAUGAAAAUAUCAAUGGAAAUUAUAUUUAAAUGUGCAUAGAAAGUUGAAUAUUACAGAGGAGCUAUUAUAUGCAAUGUAUCCAUUCUAAUUAUUAUAAUAGUCUCGCUCUGUUCAAAAUGUUAAAGAUAGUAUAAGAACUAUAGCCAAAAAUAUGUAUGCUCAAAUUUUUGAAGAUUUUUCAUUGAGUCCAUUAUUUAAAGGAACUAAAUAAGAAGAACAAGCUAUUAAAUUUAGUAGAAUCUUUGGGUUCAUUUUAGGAUCUUCAGAAUCUACUAAUUAUGUUAUGGAUUCUAUGAGAGACUUUCAUAAAGCCUUUAGAAUAAAUUCUGUUUAAUAUUCAGUUUUUAAAUACUAUUUAUCAGGAGCCUUAUCUAAACAUACUGAAAAAGAAGUUGUAUGGUAUAUUCUAGAAUAAACUGAUGCCUAUAAAGCUGCUGUAAUAGAUUAGGAUAGUAUUAAAGAUUUAGUUUAUAAAUAAUUUGGGAUAGAUAAUUUUUGUAUUGAAUUCAUUAAGUUAUGUUAAACAGAUCCUUAUAUUAAUAAGAAUUUCAUACAUAAAGUUGGAUAUGAUCAAUUUGUUUAGCAUACUAAAUAUUUCUUACAUUAUGCUUUUAACAAAUAAAAUAAUUGCUUUACUCUUGAAGAUCUAAAUUAAUUACAUUGUUAACAUUAAAUUAAUAUAUAAUUAUAUUAGAGUAUUAAAGAUAAAUUAUUUAAUUUAUUGGCAAGACUCAAUCCUUAAAGAGUUAUCUUUUAAGAUUUUGAAGAAGAAUUUGAUAUCAUAUUACCUUACAUUAUUAAUAAAAAAUUACCAUGUGAUAUUGUAGGAUAAAAGAGACUAUGUGAAUUUGUUCCUUUGAUUUCAGAUGAAUUAAAAUCUAAUGUUGAAAUAAAGAAUGUUUUUGAUAGUAAUGAUGCUGAUGUUACAAAAACUAUACUAAAAAAAUUUGAAUAUUUACUUUCUGGUAGGAAAUAUUUUAAAAGAUCAGAUAUCUAAGCUAUACAUUCUAGACUUAAAAUUAGUGAGGCUGUAUUUGAAGAAUUUAUUUAUAUUAUUGAAAAAGUUAUCUAAUAAUAUGAUACUUCACUUUUAUGGAUGAUUGACGCCAUAAAAGAAUGGAAAUAUAUCAUAAUAACUGUCUGA